AUGGAACGGGACGCGCAAGCAGACGCCAAAGUUCGAGCAGAACGCUCCACGAAGCUAAAUGGAGAACCUGCGACAGAAGACGAGGCAAGAAGCACGACGCAGUUGCCAAUUGCGCCUAGUGCGGAGAUCGAGACUCAUGGUCCAGCUUCUGAAGAAGUCGAUAGCGAGACCUCGCCCGCAAAAAUUGCUGCUUUCGAGCUCGAGAUUCAGGACAAGAUCCUGCAAAGCUACGACCUCGAUGGUAAGGACAUCACCUCAAAACAUAUUGCGGUCCUCAACUUGUUCGCUCGCGGAAUUUCCGCCGCCACUCCAGAAGCCGCAAAAGAGGCCGCGCACCAGCUCAACGAUCUCUGCCCUCCCUUGAACCGAACUGGAGAGGCCAACAAUUGGAUGUACAUGGUCUGGCUCGUUAUGCUUGACAUCGUUGCAGAUAUUGGAUCGAAAGACACAGUACAAGAGGGUUGUAUCCGCAUCCUUGAGGAGUUGGUGCAGUGUGCCAAAGGGAUGAUGGACGUCUGGGGCGUAGGCUGCCCCUGCAAUAUUCUGAAGUUGUACAUCAGCUGA